AUGGUACACAGUAUUCCCUAUUCCCCCGAAAGCCUGAGCCCACGUCCAACCGAGACCAAAAUACUAUUCACGCAGAGAGACCCGCCGGUAGCAUACCUCCAUUCGACAGAGGCCUACUUCCCCAGCGACAUUGGGUCCCACCUAGCACACACACGGCCUGAAGACAGCUCUGGCGCCGUGCUCACGCUGCCAACGUCGUCGUCGCCGUUGACGCUCAGCAACCUCGACGAGCUCAACGCGUUCGCCAACUCCGGCGCCGACGUGUACCUGACGUCGAAGGAAGGGAUCGAAGCCCUACCGGCCUGGUUCCAAGGCACGCGGCCCUCGGCGGACGGCACGACGGGCGCGUCGACGGUGGCGAGCGCCAUCGUCACCGUGGCCAAGGCCAACGACACCCUCGACGCCUUCUACUUCUACUUCUACGCCUACAACCAGGGCAACUGGGUGCUGGGGUCUCAGGCGCUCGAGUUCGGCGACCACGUCGGCGACUGGGAGCACACGAUGGUGCGCUUCGUCCACGGCGUGCCGCAGUCCGUCUAUUUCAGCCAGCACUCGGCCGGCCAGGCCUUUGCCUACCCGGCCGUGCAGAAGGCUGGAGGGCUCCGGCCCGUCGUCUACGUCGCCAAAGGCACCCACGCCAACUACGCCAUGCCCGGCCCGCACGACCACACCAUCCCAGGCCUCAACACCCAGCUCGGCCCGCUCACCGACCACACGGACGCCGGUGUCUUCUGGGACCCGUUGCCCGGCGCCCUGUGCUAUGACUACAAUAUCGCCGACGGGUCGUUUGUGCCCUAUACCAACGCCGCCACCGCCACCGCCACCGCCACACCCCCGUCGGCCUGGCUCAACUUCAACGGUCGUUGGGGCGAUAACCAGCUCCCGGACUCCACGAAGGGCCAGCUCGACGUCUUCGGCCAGAGAACAUAUGUCGCUGGCCCGACGGGGCCGAGGGACAAAGAUCUCGCUAGGAAGGGUGUUUGUCCUGAUGGUCAUAGCUGCGUCGUUAUGCCUGUUUUGGUGCCCUGA